GUGAAAAAAAAAAGAGACAUUGGUUUUAAAGUCUUUUCAAUAAAUCUUCUUUAUCACGUUAGAUAAUAUACCACCAUGCAGUUAGCUGUUCACCAGGACGAUGCCAACAUUUUGUUGAAGGAAAGAAACAAUUUGACCGAGUCGACCUUAGAUAAAUACAGAACUGCCGGACAAAUUGCCCAAACUGGAUUAAAAUAUGUUAUUUCAUUAAUUAAUGAUUCAUAUCAUUUAGGAAAAGUUGAUAGACCAUACAGUGUACAAGAGUUAUGUAUCUUAGGGGAUUCCAUGAUACAUAAGUUAUUGAGUAAAGUUUAUGCAAAUACUGAAAAAGUUAGAGAAAAAGGGAUUGCGAUGCCGGUCAAUAUUGAUGUUAAUGAAUUUGUUAAUGGAUUUUCACCAGAACUUGAUGAUAAUAAUGAUUAUACCUUCAAGCAAGGAGACACUGUUACUAUUACCUUGGGUGUUCAAAUCGAUGGGUAUACUGCCAAUAUAUCACAUACUAUUGUGAUCUAUCCACCAGGGGUUGAAAUUGAAGGAGAAUUGAAACCAAGUGGACCAUUAUUAGGACCAGAGGCUGAUUCUAUGAUUGCCAGUAAUAUUGCCAACGAAGCGGUUGUUGCCUUAUUAGGAUUAAGUUUAACUCCAGAAAAAUUAAGUAAUUUACCAUUACAAGCCAUUGGAGGAAAUGACAAGGUGAUUAGUGGUAAAAUGAUAAGAAAUUUAGUUAAUUCAAUUGCUGAGUCAUUUAAUUGUGUUGUUGUACCAGGAUCUAAGGUGAGAAGAGUGCGUAGAUUUUUAGCAGGACAAGCUGAAGGGAUAGUUGCCGAAACUGAUUUUAAAGGGGUUGUUUGGGAUGAAUCUGAUCAAGAAACCAAUUUAAUGAAGAGAAGUUCAAAUGAUACUGAAUUAAUCACUCAAGAAGAUGCACGUAAAAGUGGGAACAUUAGUAAUAAUUCCAGUGCAAUUCCAAGUGAUGAAUUUAUUAUAAGUGCUGAUGAAGUUUAUAAUAUUGAUAUUAAAAUGACUUCAAUUAAUAAAUUUGAAAAAGAAGUUGGGUUAAUUACAUUGAAAGAAAUUGAUGAAUUUAGUGGGAAAAAUAAUCAAAAAGAUGAAUUUAUUAGUAAAUCAACAAUUUUCAUAAGAGAUUUUGCAAUCACUCAUCAAUUAAAAUUGAAAAGUUCUCGUAAAUUAUUAGGUCAUAUCGAUAAAACAUAUUCAGUUUAUCCUUUCAAAUUAUCUCACACCUGUGAAUCCUUCCCAAUUAAAUUUAAUGAUAACAUUUUCCAACAAUUAGAUAAAAUAAAGAACGAAUUGAAAACCAAUAAAUUAGGUUUAAGUGAAUUAAGCAAUAGAUAUUUAGUUAGGGGUAAACCAAUUCAAACCACCCAAUUUUUACCUUUAGAAAUCAUUUUGAAAAGUGCUAAUCCAACCGGUAGACAUGGUAUUGAUUCAAAUAAACCAGUGUUACCAGGUAUGGAAAUCCCAUUACCUCAAUUAGGAAUCUCUUCAUUAAAAUUGAAAUCUUUAUUGAAACAUUCAAAACCAGUUGGUGGUGUUUCCCGAGAAUCCACCACCGUGGUUUUAAAUUCAAAUAAUCAAGAAGUCAUUAGAUUAACCGGUGGUAAUAAAACCGUUAAUCCAAGUUGGACUCAUUCUAAUUUCCAAUUGAAUGACUCCAUUAGUCAAUUUGUUAAUCAAUUAAGUGAUUUAACCCAAGACUCAAGAUUCGGCAUCAAAAUUAAAGAAGUCCAGCCUUUGAAAAUCAAUAACGAAGUCUUAAAAAUUGAAGAUUCAAUGCAAUUAGAUUAGUCUGCAAAAUAAUAUAUAUCUCUCUUUGUAUACCGGCCAGUGUAGCGGUACGGAGGCAGCACCGGUGGGAGGAGGUACGGAUGGGUGUCGGGUGGGAUUUCCCGAUUUGCCACCAGCGCAGUGUUCCUCCCGACACGGGCGGCGUGUCUGAGCUUUGUUCUUUUUGUCUGAAUGACAGACAAAAAAACUAUUGCUGAACAUUAACAGUUCACCCGAUUCCGCUAAUAAAGAAAACCCACUAACAAAAC